UAAAUUGAUAUAUAUCUUAAAUAUAUUUAAAAGGAAUGUUAACGAGUAUUUGCUUAUCGAACCAUCGCAUCGUUUAAAAUUUUGCGUCUCGACGUAUAUAUUAUCUUAAUUUAACUAUGAUUGAAUACUGGAUUAUUAUACAGUUGGAACUUUUCAGAUGUUCAUUUGUUUGAAAAAUGAAGAAAAAUAAUUCCAUGUUCAGUUUCACUUCAGAGAAAGUUUUCGAAAUGCAGAAAGCAGUUUGUUGAUCAUACUUAGAUUAUAUUCGGAGAUAAAUCUCGUGUUGUGAGAGGAGCACUGCCAGGCUUGACUUUCAUCAGGAAUGGCAUGCAAAGACGUGUGCAUUGAGAUCACAGACAUCCUAACUUCGAUUGAAAGCCUUGAAAAUAUGGCAAAACCAGUUAUUAACGACAGGAGGCAAAAUGAAUAUUGCAAAUACAUAUCUCUAUUUUUAUCUCAUUUUGGGCAAGAACGGUGUAUGUUAGUUGGAAGUACUAAGGAGAGGACAAGAUUGAGGCUACAAGAAAAUGAAGGGGAUUUUGAUUAUUUGGUAAUUUCGGGAAUUUCUAUUCCAAUUGAAUGCUUAGAACAUAGAAAGAACCUACCAUGUUUUGUAACUAUUAAUGGAUGUAUGUUGAAGGACAUGUUUCCGGAUGUUGAGCUGAUCCACGGAAAAUAUUUACCAAGUGACUUACUAAGUGACAUUAGACCGGAAGCUUUCAAACAUAGUAGAGAUAUUCAUAAAAUAGUAACUCAGAUGGAUUCAACACAUGGUCGAAGCACACUGCAUGUUUCUUUAGAUCAUAAAAUUAAACCUGGACUGUCAUUGGUGGAUUAUGCAGAUCCUAAAUGCCCAGAAUUAAGCAUGGAACAAAACAAACAAAAGAAAGACAUCGGACUUAUUAAACAAAAUGUUGAGAAAAGUCUCCUAGGAGAUUCACGUGAAAAUGAAAAAGCGAUACGUAAAACAGGUAUAACCAUCAGCAGUCUUGUUCAGGGGUGGGAGGAAUUAAUUUUGUCAGAUAACAGCAAGACGACUAUUUUCCACCAAACAUUCGAUCAACUCAUUGAAGCACUUACAAACAGCGAGGAUCAAACAUCUCCACGACACCUAAAGAAACGAAAAUUAGAUUCUAGCGGUGAUUUUUCAACGCCUAGUGAUGUGCCAUCGACUUCCGGUUUAUCAGGUAGAUUAAAUAAUGAGAGUCAUAGAGAAGAAGAAGUUCGAGGGAAUGAUGGAGACGAUCAAGUCACUAUCCAGUACAAAUAUAAAACAAGCAAAGAUUUCAUUCCAGUCUUUCCUCUAAAAGGAAAACCUAAGUAUUUAGAUGAGUGGCUAAACAGAAAAAGAAAUUGGCCUCCGACAGACGUCGUUACAGAUAUAUAUAACAGUGAGUUUUUCGUCGUUGCUAAACCUGCUCUUGUUGAACCGUCAAAAGAUAUUGAUUUUUGUCUUGCAUGCAAUAUAGGAGAAAUCAAGCUAGCUGAAGCAAUGACUCUACUACAAAGAAAUGUCAUCCUUAUCAUUAAAGCCUUACAGAAAAGUUCUUUGCGAAAUUAUACUGAAAUAGUGACAACGUUUCACUGGAAAACUGUUGUAUACUGGGUGUCUGAGAUAACUGAAACUCAAAUACUGGAAAACCGAACAGAAGAAAAUAUUCUUCAAUUUCUUCAAAAUGUUCUGCAGUAUAUGGUUGAUUGCUUGUGUAAAAAUGCUCUGCAACAUUAUUUUGUUCCUAGCAAUCUCUUUGUCGGUAUACAUGAAAAUGAAAUACAUGACAUAGUACAGAAGAUUUUUGAAAUUCAAGAAGACCUUAUGGGGAAUUUACAGAAUUUUUUCAACAAACAAAGUACUGAUGAAGUUAACAAAAACUUUGACAUUGUUUCUAGGAGCAAGAUCAAAGAAUUUCAAGAAAUGCAUUCCGAUCCAGGUGAAAACGCCAUAGUCGAAUCAGUCGUUUCACUCCUCAGAGGAUUUGUCAUUGAAAAUAGAGAAGUUGUGAGAACAGCUUUAAAGGAUGUUUUAACAGAAGCAGUUCCAUUUUUAAUUGAAGAGGUAACCAGGGGACGUAAACCUAACGACAUGGUUGUUAACUCGCAAAUUAUUCAAGCUCUUUCAAGAACAGAUAGUUUACGAAGCACUUUGAUUGAUAGUGCUGUAUCCUGGUUACUUGACGAAAUGCAUAGCACUGAAGCACCAAACUUGGAAGAUUGCACUCGGAAUAUGUUUGUAGUUUUGAUGCAGAAAAUUUUAACUGGAAACUAAUAUUCUAUUGUUAACUGUUAGAAAAAAAGGAUAUGUAUUUAAACAUGCUGCUGUAGAACUGUCUAUUUCUAUCUAUGUCUUUAAAUUAUCAAAUUAUUAUGAAUAAAAAAUAAUAUAUUAAA